CAGACAUCGGCGGAAAUGGCCGAGCCGCUGUCGGAACUUUCUUCCGGGUUGGGACGCGCCUCGCGGGACCCGGAAGCACCCGAUGCAACCCGGAAAGAGCGGCUGACCAAGAGUGGCGGCGUCGCAAAGCUCCCCCCUCAGCUUGCGCCGCGGGGGUGCUGUACGUUGGGCGGAAGUGUCCGGAAAGCAACGACUAUUUCCGAAGCGCGAGCGGAGAUUCUCGAGCUCGCUCGAACGCGGCGUCGGAGGUCACCUCAGAGCGCCGAAGCCGCCUCCGGAAGUUCCCGAACGCCCCCGAAGCUCCGGGGAGGGCAGGCAGCGGCGCCACACAAGAUGGCGGACGGGGAGGAGGUUACUCUGGACGGGAGGCCGCUCCAGGCGCUGAGGGUCGCCGACCUCAAGGCGGCUUUGGAGGAGCGCGGCUUGGCGAAGAGCGGGCACAAGAACACGUUGGUCAAGCGCCUCCGCGGGGCUCUGAUGCUCGAAAACCUCCAGAAGCAUUCAACCCCACACACCACCUUCCAACCCAAUUCCCAGAUUGGUGAGGAGAUGAGCCAAAACAGCUUCAUCAAACAGUACCUGGAAAAGCAGCAGGAGUUGCUGAGGCAGCGUCUGGAGCGGGAGGCUCGAGAAGCGGCAGACCCAGAGAGCAAAAGCUGUGUGGUAUCUCGGGAGAGGGAAGAGUCUGACGAAGAAGAGCCAAGAAAACCGGAGCAACACCCCUCCCGGGUUAGGCAGGCCAGAGCUGUGAAGACCCCCGGAGGUGCCCCUGCCCCAGGCAGUGAAGAGCGGGAGACGUCUCUUCGGAGUCGGAGGGCAACCCAGCGGCCUCCUAUGAAAGGGGAGGAGGACGACGACGACGACGAGGAAGAAGAGGAGGAGGAGGAGGAAGAGGAAGAGGAAGAAGAGGAAGCUGCCCCUUUGCUGAUGGAGCGGACACCAAAGGGGCAGGCCAAGCCUGCAGUGCCAGCUCCCCAGGAGAGGGACGUGUGCCAGGCGUCGUCACCCAUUGCCCUGGAGACCCAGCGAAAGGAGGCCACGGCCAAGACCCCUGACGCCCAGCGAAAGGAGGCCACGGCCAAGACCCCAGACGCCCAGCGAAAGGAGGCCACGGCCAAGACCCCUGACGCCCAGCGAAAGGAGGCCACGGCCAAGACCCCUGACGCCCAGCGAAAGGAGGCCACGGCCAAGACCCCAGACGCCCAGCGAAAGGAGGCCACGGCCAAGACCCCAGACGCCCAGCGAAAGGAGGCCACGGCCAAGACCCCAGACGCCCAGCGAAAGGAGGCCACGGCCAAGACCCCAGACGCCCAGGUGUGUGAAGCCGCAAUGCCGCUUCUCUCUCCCUCUAAGGAGGAGCCUGAGCCCACAGUGCCAGAAAGCAAGGAAGAGCAGCGAGCGGCUGUGACACAAGAACCCCGGGAGGAAAGUGGAGGGGCUGAAGUCCCAGGGCCUCCGGAAAAGGAGUCCGUCAAAGCCACAGAAGUGGAGGCCACAGCCCCGCUACCAGAAGCCUUAAAGGAGGGGACGGAUGCAGAUGUGGGGCGCCGGGAAGAGCAAGGGGAACCUGGCCUCCCUGAGACCCACGGAGAGCCGGUGGCUGGCCUGGCUGAGGCUGUGGCCCCUCCUCUGCAGCCCCACCUAGCAGCGGAGGCGGAGGAACCCCAGAGAGAUGAUGAGCAGGCGGCGGCGGCAGAGGCCCUGAGGACCCACGAAGAGGCAGCCAGUGCAGCGGCCGCUCUGAUCCAGGCCUCCCCCUCACCCCCCCAGCUUACUGAAGCACAACACACCCAGCAAGACCACGGGGGAGACGAGCCCCCUCCCCCUCUCCUGACGAAGGAAGCCUCGGCCGAGCCCAGUCCUGCGGAAGACGAAGCCCCUCCUCAGCUCUCUCAGCCUUCCCCCCCUUCUCAGGAAGCCCCGGCCACAGCCAGCCCCGGCGUCCCAAAGGACAGGCCCGGCCACUCUCCACCCGCCUUGCCGCCUCUGCCCCCGCAGCGCCAGCGGGAGAGGCCCAGGGGCUCCAGCUCCUCCCGGUCCUCGUCCUCUUCAACCUCCGGCUCCUCCCGCUCCCGCUCCCGCUCCCGGGACAGCUCACAGCCCCGCUCCCGGGCGAGAAGGCCCCGCUCCGGCUCUUCUGAAUCUCCUCCCAGGAAGCGGCGGCCCUUGGGGGGGCCCUCCCGUUCCGGUUCCGAGCGGCACACCAGUUCAUGCUCCAGGUCCCGCUCCAGGUCCCGCGACAGCAGUGACAGCAGCAGAAAGUCCCGCAGCCCUGAAGCCUCAAGGGACAGCACCAGCUACCCCCACACCAAAGAGUCCUCUCCCCCAGGGGAGACCCCUCCAUGCCACAGCCCCCCAGCCCAGCAAGAGAUGUCAUCAAGCCCCAGGGAAGAAGGGAGAAUCACACCUUCUCCAGCCGUGGAACCCCAGAGGCAACUCAGCCAUACCCAGACGCCGCCGCAGGACCUGGAAUCGGAGAGCACCGUUCCGGAGCGAGGCAGCCCAGAGCCCCCCGUCCCAAUGGAGGCUGCUGGCCUAGACAGCAGGGUCCCUGUCUCGGAGCCCCUGCGCCCGUCCGAGCAGCAGCACAGCAAAAACGAGGAAAAGCAAGAGGUGCCUAUGGAGCCGUCAGAGCCCCGCCCGGAGAGCGAGCCGCCUGAGGCUGGCCCCGACGAACACCCAUCCGCAGAGCCCGCUGGUCCUGACGCCGGCCCUGAAGAUGAGGAGAAGAAAGAGGGCUCAAGUCAGCCCAAGGCCUUCAAGAGGAAGAUAUCCGUUGUCUCGUCGUCCAUGGCCAAGGGCGCAGCAGCAACAAACAGCGACACGGAAGGAAGCCAGCUGGGAGGCCGGAAGCGGCGCUGGGGGUCCAGCACGGCCGCCACCCAGAAGAAGCCCUCCAUCAGCAUCACCACAGAGUCCCUCAAGAGCCUGAUCCCUGAGAUCAAGCCCCCGGCAGGAGGGCAAGAAGCGGUGGUGGAUCUCCAUGCUGACGACUCGCGCAUCUCCGAAGAUGAGGCGGAGCGCCACUCUGAGGAGCCGGCCCAUGAGAAAGCGCUCAAGAUCUGCCGCACCGUCACCCAGGUGGUCCCGGCGGAAGGCCAGGAGAAUGGCCAAGGCGAGGAGGAGGAAGAGGAGGAGAAGGCCCGGGAGGAAGAGCCGCCCGAGGCCCCUCCUGUCGUCGCCAUGGAGACGGUGGUGGUGCUGCCCCCGCCGCCCCCACCUAUGGAGCACGAAGUGAAAAAAGUGGUACUGAGCGAUACGCUGACCCGGCGGUCCAUCAGCCAGCAGCGCUCCGGCGUCUCCAUCACCAUUGACGACCCGGUCCGCACGGCCCAGGUCCCUUCGCCCCCACGCGGUAAGGUCAGCAGCAUCGUCCACAUCUGCAACCUGGUGAGACCCUUCACUCUGGGCCAGCUGAAGGAGCUGCUGGGCCGGACGGGCACCCUGGUGGAGGAGGCGUUCUGGAUCGACAAGAUCAAAUCGCACUGCUACGUGACGUAUUCGACAGUGGAAGAAGCCGUAGCAACCCGCAACGCCCUCCACGGGGUCAAGUGGCCUCAGUCAAACCCCAAGUUCUUAUCAGCAGACUUUGCUGAGCAAGAUGAGCUGGAUUUCCACCGGGGCCUGCUGCCUGAGCGUCCCGCAGAAGCCAAGGCGGACGAAGCGCUGGCGCUCCCCGGGGCGGGCCCAGCAGCGCGGGGGGAGCGCGAGAUGUCCCGGCGCUCAGAGGCCCGGGAGCGAGAGGCGGCCGUGCGGGAGCAGUGGGCCGAGCGGGAGCGCGAGAUGGAGCGACGGGAGCGGACGCGGGCGGAGCGGGAGUGGGACCGGGACAAGGUGCGGGAGGGCCCCCGCUCUCGCUCCCGCUCCCGAGAGAGGCGCCGCAAAGAGCGGCCCAAGUCUAAGGAGAAGAAAGCCGAGAAGAAGGAAAAGGCCCAGGAGGAGCCGCCUGCAAAACUGCUGGACGACCUUUUCCGCAAAACCAAGGCCGCCCCGUGCAUUUACUGGCUGCCCCUCACGGACACCCAGUAUGUUCAGAAGCAGGCCGAACGGGCGGCCAGAGCCCGGGAGCGGGAGCGCCGGCGCAAGGAACAGGAAGCGGAGGAAGCCCGCCAGCAAGAGCGCAACCGUCAAACCGAGCGGGAGAAGCGGCGGGAGCAUAGCCGGGAGCGGGAGCGGGAGCGGCCCAACGCCACAGGAGGCGGGGCCAGCCGGGGAGGCGAGCGCAGCGGCAGGGAGCGGGAGCGGCGGGAGGCGAAGACCCGCCACAGCCGGAGUCGGAGUCGCAGCACGCCUGUACAGGACAGGGGGGGGCGGCGCUGACCCAUUCCAACUUCUUCUUUACUUUGACCUUCUGGGGAGGGGGGGAGGGGGGUAGCUGUGGCACUUCCCCCAAAUCUAGCCCUGGUUUUGUGGAGGGAGGAAUGGGGCAGCCAGCCGGGCAUUGGGCUUCUCCCUUUCCAGCAGCUACGGGGGAGAGGAGAGGAGGGGGCGCGCGCUGCGAGAUUGCAGCCGGGCCCUCCUUCCUCUUCCUCCUCCCCCCCCCCCCAUUGGGGUGGGGUUCUCCCCAGCCCUUCCGCUCCCCUCUUCUCCUGGGGCCAGUUCCCCCCUCCCCAUUAAUUUGUAUUUUAUUUUGGGAAAAUGUUUUUUUUUUAUUAUUAUUCCGAUGAUACAGGAAAGAGAGCAUAAUAAAGAGAUGGCGUUAGUUUUA